AAAUAAUGGGUUGAAUAAUUCCUCUUAUCAUUAUUGUUAAUCAUUCACAAAUUUAUUUCAAUACUAAUUUAUUAAUUGUAUUUUUUUAAUGUGUAAUAAUUUUAGGGCGUGUAAAAAGUCAGAGUCAAUUCACAUUUCAGAACUGAUCAUAGUUGAGAAUAGACAUUAAUAGAAAUCGUCACAGUCAACUGUCAUAUUGACAAUAGGUAAAAUCAAUGUCAAUUGUCAAUACGUAUCUUAUAUCUUUAGUUCAUGCCGUAGUUAUUGGAUUGUAGACUGUUGCACUUGUUACAACCUAGUUUUUUCAAAUUUCGAAUUUGUUGUGUCGUAACGCAAAAUUAUAUUUUUUUAAUCAAUAACUUAAGUCUUUUGUUCAAAAAUCAGAUUGAAAUAUGAUAAAUUAUACAUUUAAUGAGAGAUUGAAAUAAAUUUAACUGGCCUUAUUUAUAAUUAAAUUCAGCGACUGUAAUGAAAUUUGAGAAGCAAAAAUAAUCGAGUUUUGUAAUAAGGCAUUCAAAAUGAAUUCUUUGCCGAUGGAAAAGAAAGAUUUAAUAGUAAAAAUUAAUGAAAAUUCAACCAAACCAGAAUCAAAUGGCCAGGUAGUAAACGGAGAUCCACCCGAUGGGGGUUUACGGGCAUACACGGUGGUUUUAGGCUCUUUUUUAACAAAUGGAUUAAUAUUCGGUGUUAUAAAUUCAUACAGUGUUAUAUAUACUGUCCUACAAAAGAGGUUAGAAGAUGAAAAUGUACCAAAUUCUGAAAGCAGAGCUGCUUUGGUUGGCGCUUUGACGAUGGGAACUACCUUCCUAUUGUCACCUAUCUCAGGAGUGCUUACAGGACUAAUGGGACUGAGGUGUACGGCUGUCUUGGGUGGAACUAUUGCAGCAUUUGGUUUGCUUAUAUCAUCGUUCGCAAUUGAUUAUGUCAAUGUGCUAUGUUUUACUUACGGCGUUAUGUAUGGUUUGGGAGCUUCUCUAGCCUACACUCCCUCACUGGCCAUUCUUGGCCAUUACUUCAAGAAACGUUUAGGUUUCGCUAACGGUAUAGUUACCAUCGGCAGUUCUGUUUUUACGGUAAUAAUACCACCUUUAAUGGAACUGAUGAUAGAAAAAUACGGUUUACCUGGACUAUUCAGAGUAUUGGCUCUUAUAAGUGUGGGUAUAGCCUUAUGUGGCUUACUUUUUAAACCGAUUCCAGUAGUUAUUAUAGAUAAACCGGCUAGAAAAAAUCAUAAGGCACUUUUAAAAACAAUAAUUAAUGUUCAAAUUUGGAAGAACAAUAAAUAUAGGUAUUGGGCGAUGUCUAUGCCUAUUGCUCUUUUCGGGUACUUUGUACCCUACGUACAUAUUAAGAAGUUUAUAGAACUGAAUUUUACUAAUGUAAACGAUAACUUACCCCUUCAGUGCAUAGCUGUGACUUCGGGUAUCGGGAGAUUAAUUUUUGGUAUUUUGGCCGAUAGAAAAUGGGCAAAUAGAAUUAUGUUACAACAAAUAUCGUUUUACGCAAUUGGUACGUUAACAAUAAUUUUGCCGUAUGUAAAAUCUUUUCCGUUGUUAGUGGUAAUAUCUUUGGGUAUGGGAAUAUUUGAUGGCGCAUUUAUAGCGCUAAUUGGGCCGAUAGCUAUACAGUUCUGUGGCAGCGCCCAGGCAGCGCAAAGCAUUGGUUGUAUGUUGGGUGUAGCGGCUUUCCCCCUAUCAUUAGGUCCACCCAUAGCUGGGCUUAUAUUUAAAGCUCAUCAUUCCUAUACGCUACCGUUCAUAUUAGCCGGCAUUUCACCGUUAGUAGGUGCGACCAUAAUGUUCGCUAUUAGGUUCCAAAAGUAGUAGCCAAAUAAGUUUCCACGAAACUUGAAAAUAAUGGUGCAUUUCGUUUUAUACAGCAAUGUAUUCUAAUGAGCGUGCAAAGUACCCUACUUUUAGGGUUUAUAGUUCCUAAAUUUUACCUUGUAGCAGAAAUGAAUCUCUAAACAUUUUUUUAGUUAAUGAGGGCUGCUUCACUAGUGAGAAAAUAACGGACAUUACACUGAUAAGUUAUUUAAUUAGAAAGUUACUUUUUAGACAUGGUAUAAAUAUUCCUUUGAAAAGUUCCACGACUUGACAAAUUCCUCUUAAUAACCUGCAACUGGGAGUAAGUGUAAAGUAGAGAAAUCGUAAACAUUUUAAAUCAGCUUGCAACAUAAAAAAUGUGUUCAAUUUUAUUUUAUUUUUUAUAUGUCGUUAAUUACAAACCAAAUAUUUAAAGAUUAAGACAAGUUACUUUUAUUACCGUUGUUUGUUCUAAAGUAACUUAAGUUUUAAGUGAAUUCACAAUAUGCUCGUAAUGAGUGGCAGGAAGGUAUACAAGAGGAAGGUUUCGCACUAUUUUUGAAAAGAAUCUUACUUAGUACUUUUUUUUAUCAAUAAUUUUAUCAUAAAUAAAAUGUCUAUAAAAUAUCUUCAAUAUUUUUAAACAUUUUAUUAAAUAGUGUAUAAAAUAUUUUUUUAAAUAAUUAUACAGAACGUAUUAACAUAUAUAAAAAUGCUUCAUUAACCGAUUCCAUUACGGACACUAUGGCUGUUACAGCUAAGUGACUGGAACACGAAAAAAUGGUCGCAGGUUCAAUCUGCCCGUAUCGAUGGGUUUUUCAUUUAAAAAUAUAUAUAUCUAUUUUUAUUCACAUACCGAAAAGACUUAAGGAUAUGUGCCUUUAAGACGAAUAUUCAUGCUAUAGUUAUAAUUCUUACAGAGUAAGUUUUUCGUUACCAAAAUAUAUAGCAACGCUAUAGCAUAUACAUAAUAUUUUAUUUUUUAAGGCAGGAAAAAUUUUAUUGCAUCAAAGAUGUUUUAAGCGUCUAUUAGCCUUAUAGUAUCUAUACAAUGUAUAUAGAGAAAAUGUCAAUUUUUAACGUACCUACACUUAUAGCACUUUCACCGAAUCUCACUGACUUAUAACCAUCGCAUAUUAAAGACUAAGUUUUGUUUUAUUUUAAUUUUAAGAUAUAAUUUUAAGACGUUAAAAUAUAUUUAUGAGAUAUUUAAAAUUUAAGUAUAAGCAAAUAUUUAUAAUCUCUAGUUAAAUAUAUAUUGUUUAUAACGAAAUUUUAUUUUCUUAAUUGUGACUAUUAUAGAAAAAAAGAUAGUUAAGAUGAAUAUGAAAUUGUCUUGUUGAGUUGUUUUAAUGUAUGAAAAAAAAAAAAAAAACCAGUAGGUUGAACAGUUCGGACGCUCGAACUGUCAUAUGAAUUCGUAUAUAGAUAUAGAAUGACGCGGUCAAUUUACAGAGAAUAGCAAUAUUAAUUAUAUUAUUAUACAAUUAAUGUGGUGAUAAGUAUUCUAUGUGUGAUUCUGUAAUUAAGCAUUGUUGAUAUUUAACGUACAAAGUUCAAUUCCUUUGUGUAUUUGAAGCUAUUCUCAUAUCAAUGUCUCCCAUGAGGUCCAAUAGAUAAACACUGCUCAAUAUUACACGAAACUAGGAAAUAAUUCACUGUAACAUUUUAAUAUUUUGUUUUUUAAAUGCAUUUUGAAAUUUUAAAUAUCAUGAAUUUACAUUUAUUUUAAAUAAUAUAUUAUAUUUUAUAUGUUUAAAUAUGAUCCUUGUACAUAA